AUGGACGGCAUAAUGAGCAAGCUUCGCAGCCUCGACGCGUACCCUAAAAUCAACGAAGAUUUCUACAGCCGCACGCUCUCCGGCGGUGUCAUCACCCUCGCUUCCUCUAUCCUAAUGCUCUUGCUCUUCUUCUCUGAGCUCCGUUUGUACCUCCACGCGGUCACCGAGACCAAGCUUGUUGUAGACACUUCCAGAGGCGAAACGCUGCGUAUCAAUUUUGAUGUCACGUUUCCUGCGCUUCCGUGUUCCAUACUUAGUCUUGAUGCCAUGGAUAUCAGCGGAGAGCAGCAUCUAGACGUUAAACAUGAUGUAAUAAAAAAGAGAUUAGACUCUCACGGCAAUGUGAUAGAAACGAGGCAAGAAGGAAUUGGUGCUCCCAAGAUUGAAAAGCCCUUGCAAAAACACGGAGGCAGGCUUGAGCAUAAUGAGACAUAUUGUGGUUCCUGUUUUGGUGCUGAAGCGUCAGAUGAUGAAUGUUGUAAUUCCUGUGAGGAUGUUCGUGAAGCAUACCGUAAGAAAGGUUGGGCACUUUCAAACCCAGAUUUAAUUGACCAGUUGGAGAGGCGUCUGUUCACCUUGUUGGAUCUAGGUUCACCUAGUCUGCUUGCAUCUUCAUUCAUCACAUUCAUUGUAACUGGGUCUGGUCAUUACAGACACAGAUCUGGAGUUAAGUUUGUGCAACUAAUCAAGGAUGAAGAUGGCGAAGGAUGCAAUGUGUAUGGUUUCUUGGAAGUAAAUAAGGUUGCGGGGAACUUUCAUUUUGCCCCUGGGAAAAGCUUUCAGCAAUCUGGUGUACAUGUACAUGACCUUGUGUCUUUUCAAAAGGAUUCUUUUAAUUUAAGCCACCACAUAAACAGAUUAUCUUAUGGAGAGUAUUUCCCUGGUGUUGUCAAUCCUCUUGACAAUGUGCAUUGGAGACAAGAAACACCAAGUGGGAUGUACCAAUAUUUUAUUAAGGUUGUUCCGACUGUAUACACUGACGUGAAUGGGCAUACUAUCCAGUCAAAUCAGUUCUCUGUGACGGAACACUUCAGGACUGGAGAUGUGGGCCGUCUGCAGUCCCUCCCCGGAGUUUUUUUCUUCUAUGACCUUUCUCCAAUUAAGGUUACUUUUACGGAAGAACAUGUCUCAUUCUUACAUUUUCUUACUAAUGUGUGUGCUAUAGUUGGAGGUAUUUUUACCGUUUCUGGAAUAUUAGAUUCAUUUAUUUAUCACGGUCAAAGGGCAAUCAAGAAGAAGAUGGAACUUGGUAAAUUUAACUGA